AUGGCGACAUUAUUCAGAUCGAUCAGCCGGUUGAGCCCGCCCAUGAAUGGUCAGAGUCGCAUUCGGACCAUAACGACAUUAUCCUCCAACCCCAGCAUUAAAGUUUUUCCUCACCCUUCUAAACCAAAUACCCACCUCCUAACGUACCUUGAAACAAAUCCCCCGAACCCUUCGCUCGCCAUCGGCACGACGACCACAGUUCCCCCUACGCCCAACAGUUUCCGCGAGAAUCCUCGUUUUCUGACCAUCCUUAACGAUGUGCUCGCCAAGCAUGCUGCAAAUGACCCGGACUUAAAGGCGCAGGCACAAGCGUUUGCGUCUCCCGGAGGCUUCAGCUUCAUCCAGGCGGGCCGCAGCGGCCGUGGAGGGUCCGGAGGAGCAGGGGGUGCGAGUGCUGAAGGCGGGGCAGGAGGAGCGGGAGUUGGGGGAUGGGUGCAUCUGAGUGACACGAGGAAUCCACCUGAGUUUGGUAGGAUUGCAUGGCCGGAGGACAUCUUUGGCAGUGUUGAGGUCAAUGGUAAGGGUGAGAUCAUUGGGAAUUAUCAGCCAAGCGGGACAUAUCGGAUCAUUACGCCCAACGGGAUGUGA